AAUAUAGAAGACCCAAUUAAUGAACCUUCGAUCCAUGAGGUAAUAUGAGUAUUGUUAUCAUAACUUUCGGAGGAUUCUUCACUGAUGCUGCUGUUAACAGGAUAUAAACUAUUUCUCAUUUCUUCAUCGUCUUCAUCGUUAUCAUCAGGUACCAAUCCCAAUGGUGCUAGGUCUGAGGUUAUAUCGUUAUCAACCACCGGGGGUUCGAUGGUAAUAUUUAAGUCUGAUAGUCUGCGUACAUCCCCCCCUGCUGGUAUACGAUUUGAAAGUCGGCUCUGCUCAAACUACAUAAUUGAUGAAAUUGGUGUUGAUAUAAUUUUCACGGAUUGAAUAAAACCAGCCUCAUAACUUACCACACGCAUCUCAUUUUCCAUU